UUCGGUCAACAGCUGCAAUCCUUUCAUUGGCUAAUGUUUAUGCUCAUCAGGUCUGAUGGGGAAUGGCCAACAGAGGGGGCGGGGAUGUAACUGAAGUAAACAUGCUCACUGUGAUAUAAAAGUAGCUGCACAUUUCCAUCUUCCUUACAGCACCCAGUGAACUGUGCAGAUCACUUGUUGUUGUGAAGCCAUGGUGAUGAAGUGUACUGCUGUGUGCCUUGUGGCACUGGCUCUGCUUGGCAGCCUCUGUGAUGCUCAAUACAAGCCCUCACCAUCUAGAUACCAGAAGCCAGCGCCACCUACGAGACAGGAGCCUGUCAAGCAGGUGCCUCAAGAUCCCCAACAGACAAAACAGACAUUUGAGAAACCACUCACCUGGACAUACCCUGAAGAUCCAAAGGUUGAGCCUGCACCCGAGGUGCCUUUUGAGCUAAGAUAUCCUGUUCCUGCGGCAACUGUUGCGGUCGAGUGCAGAGAGAGGGAUGCUCACGUGGAAGUCAAGAAGGACAUGUUUGGUGUUGGCCAGUUGAUUAAUCCUGCCGAUCUUACCCUGGGAAACUGUGGUGCUGUCGCUGAGGACGCUGCUGCUCAGGUGUUGAUUUUUGAGGCUGAACUGCACGAUUGUCUCAGCACAUUGAGGAUGACAGAAGAUUCCCUCAUCUACACCUUCACUCUGAACUAUAAUCCCCAACCUCUGGGCGGUGCUCCAGUGGUGAGGACCAGCAGCGCUGCUGUGAUUGUGGAAUGCCACUAUCCAAGGAAGCACAAUGUGAGCAGCCUUCCUCUUGACCCCCUGUGGAUCCCAUUCUCUGCAGUCAAGGUGGCCGAGGAAUUCUUGUACUUCACUCUGAAACUCAUGACCGAUGACUGGCAAUAUGAGAGGCCAAGCUACCAGUACUUCCUGGGCGACAUCAUAAAUAUUGAGGCUACCGUCAAGCAGUACUUCCACGUGCCCCUCCGUGUUUAUGUGGACAACUGUGUGGCUACUCUUUCACCUGAUGUGUCCUCCAACCCUAGAUAUGCCUUCAUUGACAACCAUGGAUGUUUGCUCGAUGCGAGAAUCACAGGCUCUGACUCUAAGUACAUGGCUCGCUCUGCAGAGAACAAGCUUCAGUUCCAGCUGGAGGCCUUCAGGUUCCAGGGUGCUGACAGUGGACUGCUCUACAUUACCUGCCACUUGAAAGCAACAUCUACUGCCUAUGCCAUCGACAGUGAACAUAGGGCUUGUUCCUACAUCAAUGGUUGGAAGGAGGCUAGCGGAGCUGAUGCAGCUUGUGGCUCCUGUGAAUCUGGUGGACUUGGACCAGCGCCCUCUGCAUCCGGUGGAAUUGGAGCCGGCGCCUCAACUGGUAAGUGGGGCACUGGUGGCGGCUCUCUGGCUAAUCCUGGAGGUGGAAGGAAGAUCCGUGAUGUGUCCCAAAAACAAACAGUUUUCGAAUGGGAAGGUGAUGUCACCCUGGGUCCCAUCCCCAUCGGAGAGAAGGUGCUCUCUUAACUCAAUUCCUUGCCAUGGCAAUGACCAUCAAAAUAAACAGUCUGAUUGGUUCAUAA